CCCGUUCAGAGAAUGUACAACGGUGUGCAGUUGGUCGGUCUGCCCCGGAAGGAGAGCACGGAGGUCAGUAGCGCUGAGGAGGCGGCUGGCAAUAGGACUGCUCCGCGUGAAGAAAGGAACAAGAACGCUUGCGAAUGUUGUGGUGGUGGGGUGACGACCGGUCUUUCCCUCUUACAACGUCUCGGAGACGAAGCCGUCGAUAUCCAUAGCGUGAAUGAUGAUGACCUAACCAUAGCGGGUACUCCAGUGUUGGACGUCUGUCUUUCUCCCGAUCCCGACUGCUAUGGUUAACAUGAAUCGAGCGAGUAGAGCUAUGGCGGCAUUCUCCGUUCAGUUGCUCCGUGGUGCAAUGGCCGGGUGUAGCAAGAUGCCUGCUUCAUCCGUGCACUUGGAAGUCGGGAGUCUUGCAGAGGUGAAGCAGUCCACAUCAUCUAUCUCAUCAGCUCGUUUAUCAUCAGCAUUCGCUAUCCCGUGCUGGAGGAGAUUGGUGAGUACAAUGACACCAGGCAGAAGUUUCAGUGAGCGCCUUCCAGAGCAGCAACGCGAGACACGGCUCUGUUCACGAACGUUUACAAUGUCCGUCACCUCAGCAUCUCAUGACGGCAAGGCUUUGGAGGUGUCUUCCUCGAGGCAGGGGUCCUCUCUAGGCGCUAUGCCCAGAGCAGACACUGCAUUGGAUGCUGCCCAUACCUCGUCUGGCAUCAUGGAGUUGCUCUCAUCUUCCAAAGCUGUGGACGGUGAUUCCAACCGUGCUCCCAUCUGGCACCAUGUGAAGACAAAGGCAUUGACAAAACAAGCCCAGCAUAUUAUGAAUAUUCUGAAUGCUGAGUCUGUGGCAGUUGCAAAGCAGAGAAUAGAGUACCCGGAUUUUAGGCCUGGGGAUGUACUCCAGCUGAAAGUGGAAAUUCCAGAGAACCACAGACGAAUUGCGGUCAUAAGAGGCGUCUGCAUAGCAAGGCGGAACUCUGGAAUUGGAUCCACCUUCCGACUACGAAGAGUUCUGAAUGGGCAGGGAAUCGAGCAUGUUUACCCUCUACUAGAAGGAGAAGUAGCGGCUCAGCAGGAGGAGGAGCAAGAUGGCAACGAAGGGGAAAAGAGUAAUGGAGAGGACAAGGAAAUGGAUAAGCAAACGGGUAAAGAACAGCAGAUUAUGGGGAACGCAGAGGACGAACUGAGGGAUGAAAGUGUAGGAAAGGUGGACACAGAUCAAGAGGACCUACAGGAGGUGGAUGAGGGUGAUGAUAAAGAGGGGGAGGGAGUGGGGCAGGAGAGAGUGGAAGAAGAAAACGAGGAAGAAGUGGGGGGGCGGGGGGGGCAGAAGUGGCGGGCGCAGACAGUGAGCAGGAGGAUAAGACGGAAAAAAUCAGGGGAAUCGGCCACGCCUCAGGCUUUAAACAGCCCGGUGUAUGAGAUCCCUACGCUUAUAGAAAUCGGUACCUCGCACACCGGAGAACGGGGGAGGAGUACACCCACAGGAUGGAAGAGCUCGAUGCCGGCCCCGGAAGGGAGCAAACGGAAGAGGAAUGGUGGGCGGAGCGCGCAAGGCGGUUCGAGAGCGGAGGGAAUGGCAAGGGGAAGACACAGUCAAAUGGGGCAGGUGUACGAAGGAGACCUGGAUAUCGGAGCGAAUGUCUCGGAAAUUCUUCGGUACACUGGCCAUGUGGAAAGCAAUGCCGGCAAUGCCGGCAAUGGAUCAUCCCUUCGAUAGUCAGAAGGAGAGGCAGCACACUACGCGGGGUAUCUUAAAAUAUGUUAUGGGUUUCUAUAGCCAACUGUUGACGGAGGAAGAGCAGUGGACAUCAGCAGACAUGGCUAGGGAGCCGGAGCAACAAAUCUGGAAGCAUCUC